GGUGCCUCCUCUAUCCUCGGCCCGAGACCGGAGGGAUGUUCCCUGCUCAGGAGGAGGCCGACAGGACGGUGUUUGUGGGGAAUUUAGAGGCCCGAGUACGGGAAGAGAUUCUUUACGAGCUGUUCCUUCAGGCUGGGCCAUUAACCAAAGUGACUAUAUGCAAAGACAGAGAAGGAAAGCCGAAGUCUUUUGGAUUUGUCUGCUUUAAACACCCUGAAUCAGUGUCUUAUGCCAUAGCUUUGCUGAAUGGAAUUCGUUUAUAUGGAAGACCAAUUAAUGUACAGUAUCGAUUUGGGAGCUCUCACUCUUCUGAACCAGCCAACCAAAGUUUCGAGAGCUGUGUUAAGAUAAAUUCACACAGCUACAGAAAUGAAGAAGUUGUGGGCAGAUCUUCCUUUCCCAUGCAGUUUUUUCCAAUUAAUGGUGCAACUUUCCCUCAAGAAUAUUUUUUCUUUCAGAAAAUGUGGCACGCGUAUAACCCAGCACUGCAGCUUCCAUACUACGAGGUGACAGCACCGCUUCCCAGUAGCACGGCCAUGUCUUCUCCCCUAAAUUGUGUUCCAGAUCUAGAGGCUGGACCCAGCUCUUAUGAAUGGACUCACCAACAGCCCAGCGAACCUGACCUUCAUCAGACGAAUAAACGAAAGAGGCAAAAACAAACCAGUGACAGUGACAGUAGCACAGAAAAUAAUAGAGGAAAUGAAUAUAGCCAAAAGUUCCGAAAGUGUAAGAAAAAGAAAAGAUAUUAGGGAUUAUGUUCAAAUAAAAUUUGUCUAUACUGCUCUUCAUUUUCUUUAAAAAAAAAAAAAAACAAAAACACAAACAACCGGUAUUCUCCUAAAUGACCAGUUUCGUGGCUUUCUUGUGCUGUUUGAAAUAUAUAAUAAUAUGACAUCUGAUUUCCUGUUAAUUGACAAAAAUUUUUGUCUUGAAUGACAAAAACUUAAAAAUAAUAUAAUGUAGUAUUUUUUGUAUUUGUAAUAGUAUUUUUGACACAUUGUCAACAAGAAAUACGCUUUGAGUUAUUAUAUUUUAGUACUGAUGAUGGCAUUGCACUAACUUCUCAAUCAGAAGUCACUUCCUGAGCACUUGUGGAUAAGGCACCCUGCUCUCCAAGACUGUUGCCUAUAUGGAGCGGCGGAUUUUCUGAAUGAAAACUAGUGUAAAUAUUUAGGAGUUGCAUGUUGUUCCUAACAAAGAUGGAAAAGCAGGCUUUAGUUUCCUUUGUGAAUAACAUUUUAUCUUUUAUGUCUAAAUAUGGUGUUUCUGAGCCUUACUCUCCUGCAGCUUUAUUUCAUAAAAUGAGGAUACCAAAGGAAAGCUUAUUAUCAUGGGACUGGUUUUUAGAUCCUUCCCUUUUUAUGUAACUGUAUAGAAAUAGGAAUACCUGCCUUACUUCUCGCUUAAUUGUAGUUCAUGAAAAUUAGCUAUGACCGUAUUACCCAACCUCUUUUGUCAGCUGGGUUUGAUAUAGUAUAUUUGACAUACUUAAAUCUUGAUGAUGAACAAUAAAUAGAAUGAUACUUCAUUAAUGUAUAGUAUUUAAUAUUUAUUAUCAAAUCAUAUUUCUUGUCUCUGGUUCAUUUAUUUUAUUUUUUAUUUUAGAGAGAGAAUAGGAGCAGGGGAGAGGGACAGAGGGGGAGAGAGAGAGAGAGAGAGGGGCUCUGGAUUUCCGUAGAAAUUAUAUUUUAAAGCAGAAAGUUCAAAGGACAUCUUUUUUUACAAAGGAUGCUUCUGUACCUCAAGCCUGAGGAAGUUCAGUGAACACAACUUCUCUGGUUUGCAUUAAGUGAUAUUUUCUGAAGUUGAUAGUGAUGAUGUUAUUUGAUCAGAAUGGGUUCUACAAGGUCACGUGAGGCCACAACUGUGGACUAAGUCUACUACCAGUCAUGCCCAACCUGCAAAAAUUACUUCAUGUGUGUGUAGAAACUGCUUUAGCAGAUGAGAUCAAGUAAUCUAUUACCUGGUUCCCAGUAAUAUUUCCUUUUCAGUUUCCAAUACCAUCUUGUUAUAUCAUUAACAGGUAUAAGGGUUAAGAAACACAUGUGCUACUUGCAUUGUAAUUAGAAAACAUAACCAGUAUGUAAGGAAGGAUACAAACUCACAUAUUUCCUGUGUUAUAAACUCUGAGAAUUAUUGGCUUUCAACAAGAUAUAGAACAUCAUCUACUGCAAGGAACCUGGAUAUAACAAUAAUUGUUUCAACUACUGGACCUUGCUUGGGGAGUUUAAUAAAUGAAAACAUACUGUAAGUGAAUACUGUUAAUCAGUCCCAUACACUAUGAAUCCUAAUAAUUAAUGUCUUUGCUUCUAUUUCUAUAUGAGAAAAUUAGUAAUAUCCUGGAUAGGAAAAUAACUUUCACCCCAGCUGCUUGCCCCAGGCUGGCAACAAAUCUUCACUGAUUUUAUCCCACCUCUAAGUUAAUCACAAGGGAAAACAUUGCAGAUUCUCUUGCAUGCCAAUCAAAACCCUUGGAGUUAUUCUAGACAGUUCCUGUCACUCCCAUUUCUAAGUAGUCAUUAACUCCUCAUUGUGACCUUGUUCAGGUUCUCUUCAUUUCCUGCGUGGAGUACUCAUUAAAGCAAAUCAAUCAACAAGGAAUGAUUAUCAUUCCAAACACAGAGUUUGGUGCUGAGGUGACAGACAUCACUGGAAAAGUUUGAUCCCAACAUUCGAGGAGUUUAUGGUCUUCUGGCAUAGAUGCAAAGUUAGGUGAUUUCAGGAUAAUGUUAUAGUAGAGGUAAACAGAGCACAAUAGGAGGGCAUGAGAGUCUCCAUUCCUCAAGACAAUAAAUCCUGGGAGGAAGAAAGGCACUCACCCGAAAACACAGAAAAAAAGGGAGAAUACCUAGAAGUCCAGUUUUCUAUCCUGACUCUCAACUGUUCUCACAUUUUUAGGCCUGCUCUUUAUCCAUCCUUGGAAGAAUGGCUCCAAGUUUUAAACCUGUAUUAGUAAAAUGGUUUGCCUCUUGUCAAUAUCACCCCAACCUCUUAGGAUACAGGAACGUGGGUUAUGCAAUGUAUUUUUUAAAUCAUGUUCUUAUGGAAUAGUGUAGUGGAAAGAGAAAAAUUAAGGUCAAUAACAAAGUUAGAUGUUGAUAACAGCAAACUGCUGAGGAAAAAAGAUAUAUAUAUACACACAUAUAUAUGUAUACACACACACACACACACACACACACAUAUAUAUUUUUAAAGAACAUGUUUAGGGAUUAAAAACUCAAAGCAGGAAAGAAAGCCAUGUGGAUAUCUGAGGAAUGAACACCAGGCAAAGGGAACAGCAGAGUCAAAGACCCCAUGGGGGAAGCAUUCCAGGGAAGAAAGAGAAUAUGGCUAAUAUGGUGGAGGAGGUUGAUCACAGCAGAGAUGUGAACAGAAGAUAAUGGGAACUUACAGGUCAUUGUAACAACCUGGACAUAUUAUUCUUAGCAGGGAUGUCUUGUGGAUGGGGUGUGGGGAGUGAGGGUAGGACAAGGGCAGAAAUAUUGAGACUAUUGAAGUUAUCCAGUCAAGAGGACAUGGUUGUUUGGAUCAAAACAGUAACAAUAGAAGUGGUCAGGUUCUAGAUGUAUUUUAAAGGUAAAGAUGACCAUUCACUAAGCAUUCUAAUCAUGGGAAAGAGGGAAUGAAGGGUAACCAAUGACUCUUAAGGUAUUUGGUUAGAGCAACUAGAAGAAUUACCAUUUACUGAUAUGGGCAAAACCAUGGAGGAGUAAGUUUUAGAGCAAAAUCUGGAGAAUUUUGGACAUGUUAAUUAUGAUUUGCAUGUCAGAAAUCUAAUAGAUAUCAAGAAAUUUGUACAUAUAAAUCUGCAGUCCAGAGAAAGAUCUAGGUUGAAGAUUUAAAUAUUAUAUAUCAGUGGUAUUUCAAGCCUUAAGACUGGAUAAGACCAUCUAGGAAGUGUGUGUAGGUAGAAAGGAGAGGAGCUCCAAGGUCUGUGCCCUGGGUAUUGCCAGUAUUUGUACCAUAGGGAGAUGAGGAAGAACCGCAGUAGAAUGACAAACAGAACAUGGUAUCUGGGAAUCCAAGCGAAGACAGUGUUUCCAGGAGGAAGAAAUAAUUAGUUGUGUCAAAUGCUAUUGAUAGAUCAGGUAAGAUAAGUACUCAGAAUUGGUCACUGGACUUAGCAAUGAUGUUUCAUAUAAGACAUUUUGGUUAAAUGAUUCUGGCACAAGCAUGAUCAGACUGAUUUCGAGUGAGAAUGAGAAAAUAACUAUAGCUAAUGGACUGCAAAAGGAUAAUUUAUUCAAGUUUCUUCCUGUGAAAGGGAGGAGAGAAAGGGACAUAAGGAAGAUACGUGGCUAAGAGAUUUUUAUUGGGUUGGUUAGUUUAUGUUCUUAAAAAUCUAGAGAAUGUCAAAAAUUUUGUUGUUGGCCCUUUUCCCAACUUCUGCUGCUUAAAUAUUUUUUUUUCUUUUUUUAAAUUCUUAUUCUUGUUUUAAUCGGUUUUUGGAGAACGAGGAGAUAAAACUCUGUUUCUCAGUAUGUCAGUGUGUCAGGUCUAAAAGGAAUUUCUAUUUGCUGAUUUUUAAAUCCUUCUUUAUCUUAAGAAUAUUCACUCCUUUUUAUAUAUAUUUAAAUAAUUUUCCAGGGUUUUUUUAAUUUAAUUUCCAGAGCAGAUUUUAAUUUUCAUAUAGUUUGUGGGGGAUAAGCUUAGGAGUGGCCCGGGUUUAUACCAAUGGGUUAACAAGGCAUAAAGAAAUACAAAGUCAUAAAAUGCUCACACCCAAGUUUGGGUAAACCAGAUUGGCACACCAAGAAUAGGGGGUGCAAAACACCCUGAGAAUAGUGAGGUGCAAAGGCGCCAGGAAUAUGGAGGUGCAAAGGCACCCCAAAAUAGAGAGGGGGUGCAGAGUCCCCAGAAUAGAGAGGGAGAGGCAAAGGCCUAAAAUAGGAACGGUGCAAAGGUGACAAAUACAUAGGAAUAUGAAAUAAACGAGAUUAGAUGUUCAGGGUGGAAGCACCCCCAAUUUAGUACUGUGGCAGAAAAGCUGCUUUCACAGUAGGAUAGAGCCAGGUUAGGUAAAUUUUUGAAUUGGACUAUGGACCCUGCACUGCAGGCAAGCAGCCCAGAGCAGAGAUGGUGACCAAAAGAAAAGGUGCCUUGUCAACCCUGAGUUUAUUCCUCCUACCUGCCUCAUGCCCUAGGCUAGCUAAGAUAAACAGAGGUGUUGCCUCACAUCCGCGGUAAACAACCUUCCUCCCAACUGCCCUGCGCCCGGAUUUUGUGUUAUAUUGAUCCAAACCCCCAAACACUGUAUAUCUUCAAAUACCCCCUUUUCCCUCACAUGCCCAAGUUAAUGUUCCCAGUUUCUUUGUCUAUUUGUACAUGCCCAUCACAUUUGUAAGCCUUCUGAUCUGAAUAAAAACAGGGCAAGGACCUCUUGUCUUUUCCCGGACAUCAGCCAUCUCUCACUUUCAAUCCUGCAUCCAGCGCUUUUGCUAGACAAGAGAGAACUUUAGACCCAGAGUCCACGACAUAGUUAAUAUCUUAUCAUACAUAUUAGUCUUUCUUAUAGUUUUGGGGAUUUUUCCCAGAAAGCCUUUCAUAAUCAAAGAUUAAGAAAAAAUCUAUUUUGUUUUAGAAUUUUUCCGAAUUCAAUUUUACACAUAAAUCUUUGAUCGUGGUGUGUUUUUUUAGGAUAUGAAGAGGUAAAAUCUUUAGAUUUUUGUACAAUAUAAACAAUUUUGAAUUUCUUUCGGAAUGCUUGCCGAAGGGUUUUUUUUUAUAUUAAAAUAGUGAUUGUGUUUGUAUGUUAGAUACUCCUGUAGAGGAUACAGUCCUGAGGGAAGGAGGGAAUACUCCCAGUGACCGAAUUUAUUGCCCCCACCGUUGUCAUGGGAGUGUGGAGCAGAAAGUAAGUUAAAGAAGUGAUGCCAGCCUUUUGCACAGAAUAAACAGUGUAGUCAACAAAGGUGACAAGGUAGAGUUUAUGAAGGUGGUGACAUUAAACUUGAAUUUAGAACAAUGAGUGGUAUUUUGAAACAUCCAGAAUGAGGAGCUUAUUUCUCAGCAAAAUGAAUAUUUAGAGGUAAGAAAAUGACAGCACAAUCAGAAUAUGGCAAAUAAAAUUAGAGGAAGUUAAGGAACUGAAGUAAGAUACAGUUGAUGGUGUUUAGAAACUUAAAAGUUAACUAUAGUUUAAGUCAGGGAAAUCUUAAAUAAUAAUAUGACACAGUUUAAAAUAUCCUAGAGGGGCUCCUGGGUGGCUCAGUCAGGUAAGCGUCUGACUUUGGUUCAGGUCAUGAUAUCAGGGUUCAGGAGUUCAAGCCCCACAUCGGGCUCUGUGCUGACAGCUCAGGCCUGGAGCCUGCUUCGGAUUCUGUGUCUCCCUCUCUCUCUGGCCCUCCCCCACUCAUGCUCUGUCUCUCUCAAAAAAAUAAAAACAUUAAAAAAAAUUUUAAAAACAGCUUAGGAAAUAUGUCUGCUUUCAUAAAAUAAAAACAUCUAAGAAAAUACAUGAAUGAACCUCUAAGGAAAAGUAAAUUGUCAGUUGUUAUGCAAGGAGCAGGAUUGUCUGAAAAUAACCCACAUGCCUACUUUGAAAAGGAGCUGGCCAAAAUAAGGAUUCCUGCUGCUGCUUCCAGCCACAAGUGUUCAACUUAAGCUCAAUUCCCUAGGGGAUAAGUGGCUUCCUCCCACCUUUCUCUCUUAGCGGAGACAGCAACUUCCUAUGUGUCCAAGGUCUUUAAGUUCGGGGCAGCAGUGACCCCUGCAAUGGCCCACAGACACAGGCACGCAGCUUCUCACAGGGAAUAAUUGGAGGGCGGUGAACCGUGCCUUCUCUUUUCUUGUUCUAAGUUUCAAUGGAGUCUCCUCUGGAACCCAUCAAUGGGAUGAGGAGAAAUUCAUCCUGAGUCCUAUCACAAGAUAGCUGGUGACUCCAAAGUGACCCAUCUUACAGACAACAAUCUAUAAGCUACUUUCGGAAACCAAAGACACAAAGAUUAAGAAAAUGGACCUUGUUUCCAAACUGUCAAGCUGUGAUAUGUUUGCCUCCCGUAAAGAUACUGGAGUUUAACAUCAUCGGAAGUAGGGGUAUGUAUUCAAGUGGGUUAUCUUUAAUUACCAAGGUGAGUAGUGUUAGGAGGAAAACUUUUCUGCUACCAACUUAGGUGUAAGUAGUCUGGAGCCUGAAAAUUAAAUUGACAAAGGUUAAUUCAGUAAUUUUGUUUGAAAUUAUUUGCCUGAAUAAAUGAAUUUAAGAAAA